AUGAGGCUUUCCAUUGUACUUUCUCUAGUUAUCAUUCUGUUGGCUGUUACAACGCCAAACACAGUAUAUUGUAGAGACUACCCCUCCAAAGUAAAGGCCAUUGUUGAAGAACCUGUAAUGAAAGAGAACAACAGUGAUGUUUUCAGGGUUUUGAUUGAUGGUAAAGUUCAUACCAUGUCUUCAGGGCCAAGUGAAAAAGGCCCAGGUCAUUGA